AUGAAGAUAGGAAAGCGUGGGUUCACAUUGAGGCGCUCACUACAAUUAGCUGCUCUCUUGUCUACCCACUGUCCUUCUCGCACCGCCGUGACGUCAGCCUCUCUCGCGUGCUUCGAGACGUCUCGUCCCGCCGUGCACCCACUACAUUAUUCCCCGCUGCUCUCGACCUCGCGCCAUCCCUGGGGGAACCGCGGAGGGCACCGGUCCCUUUUUCGCACCCACACGCUCGUCGCCGACAGCCGCACCACACCCGCUUCGCAUGGUCCGUUGCACGCGUCACGCCCUGUCGCGUCCCCUCGCCCCAAUCUGAUUUCACCGCCAUGGCGUCCGGCGCAGCCGCCAUGCCCGCUGCUGCGCGCCGCCUCGUUCGCUCCCACCCGUUCGCGACCGCCCAACGGCAUGCGCGGGGGAGAGCGGGAGGGGGAAGGGGAGGAGGGGCGUGAAGGGGAGGAGGAAUUCGCGGAGAUGGGCGAAGGGGACGAGGAGCUGGUUGAAAUCGACUGCGGAGGUGGGCAGGAUGGGGUGAGGAGAAAGGGUGGGGGGGCGGGAAAGGGAGGAAGGGAGUGGGAUGUAGCAGCGGGUGGGAUUGGCAACGAUGACGUCCUGUCGGCCGACUUUGAUGACGACGACGCGCCUGCUGAGCUGGCACACGACGGCAUGGGGCAAGAGGAGGGCGAGGAGGAUGAGGAGGCGGGGCAGGACGACUCAGUGCAUGUGUUCACGGCGCACACAGACAGUGUGUACGCCGUGGCGUGCAGCCCUCUCCCGGGCGGCAGAGUGGCGUCGGGUGGCGGGGACGAGGUGGGGUACCUGUGGACCAUCGGGCAGGCGGAGGACCCCAUCAAGCUGGAAGGGCACAGGGACAGCAUAGCGGCGGUGGAGUUCAGUGCGGACGGGCGGUGGGUGGCCACGGCGGGGCUGGACGGAGUGGUCAUGCUGUGGGACGCCGCCACAGGGGAGAGGCGCCACCGCCUCGAGGGGCCCGGGGAGGGCAUCGAGUUCCUGACGUGGCAUCCACGUGGAGCGGUGGUACUGGCGGGGUCGGAGGAUCUGACAGCGUGGAUGUGGAAUGCGGAGACGGGGGCGUGCAUGGCCGUCUUCACGGGGCACAGCGCAGGGGUCACCUGUGGGGCCUUCUCCCCCGAUGGCCGUGCAGUGUGGACGGGGUCAACAGACGGGUCCGUGCGCUGCUGGGACCCGCGCUCUGCCGCCACCACCGCCACCCUCGCAGGCCCAUUGUUCCACAGCGACGCCAUCACGUGUGUGGCCAUGGCACCACAGGGCUCAGUGGGCGCUGCUGGCUCCUCCGACCACACCACCGCCCUCUUCGGCCUGCAGCAACCCAAGGUGUUGGGGUUGCUGACAGGGCACACAGACUCAGUGGAGGCGGUGGUCUUCAACCCCCAGGGGCCAACGGUGGCGACGGCAUCACUGGAUGGGUCGGUGCGCAUAUUUGACAUCAACUCGCUGCAGCUGCGCUCCACAUGCACCCACCAGGAUGGGGUGGUGCAGAUGGCAUGGGCGCCAGCAGCACCGGUGCUGGUGACAGCGACAGCAGACGGAGCAGUGCACGUGUGGGAUGCGCGCUCGGGGGCCAUUCAGAACACCCUGCGAGGCAACCGUGAUGCCGUGCUCUCCCUGGCCCUCACCCCCGACGCGGCCUUUGCGGUGACGGGGUCGGACGACCACACGGCUCGUGUCUUCCAGCUCUAG